AUGCGAGUUUGGGUCCUAAUCCUGCUAAUCGUGUCGGUGACGACCGCCGUUGAUCAUGAUUGGUGGGAAACGGCGCUAAUUUACCAAAUCUACCCAAGGUCUUUUAAGGAUAGCGACGGCGACGGCAUUGGAGACCUAAACGGUAUAAGGGAGAAACUCCCCCACCUGAAAGAGACAGGUGUGGACGCAAUAUGGCUGUCACCCAUCUAUCUCUCUCCGAUGUAUGACUUCGGCUACGAUAUUGCUGACUAUCGUGAAAUAGCGCCCGAGUAUGGGACGAUGGAGGACUUCCAUGUGCUGAUGAAAGAGGCCAAGGAAUUGGGCAUACGGGUGGUGCUUGAUUUCGUGCCGAACCACACGAGCAACGAGAGCGACUGGUUCGUCCGCUCCGUGCGACGGGAGCCGGAAUACCGGGACUACUACGUGUGGGCGGACGGCGUCCCAGACCCGCGCCAUCCCGGGGCCUUACUGCCGCCCAGCAACUGGAUUAGCAAUUUCCGCAAGAGUGCCUGGGAGUACAACGAAGAGCGGGGUCAGUUCUACUUGCACCAGUUCGUGGUCGGUCAGCCAGACCUCAAUUACCGCGAGCCCAGUGUUCAGGAAGAGAUGAAGCAAGUGCUCCGGUUCUGGCUGGACAUGGGCGUGGCGGGUUUCCGCGUGGACGCCAUCAACAUGCUUUACGAGGUGCAGCCGUCCGACUUCGGGGGCCGUUACCCGGACGAGCCGCGCUCAGGUGUCGCUGGGGUGACGCCCGACGACUACGAUUACUUAGACCACGUGUACACGAAGAACCUUAACGAAACUUACGGCGUGGUGUACGAUUGGCGGGACCUCCUCGACGAGUACACGGAGAGGCACGGCGAGCGGAAGAUCAUGAUGACGGAGGCGUACGCGAGCGUGGCGGACAUGGUCCGUUACUAUGGCAACGGCCGCCGGAACGGCUCCGUGCCGUUCAACUUCUCCUUCCUCGGAGACAUAAGCAACCGCUCGAACGCGUGGGACGUCAAGCUCGUCGUCGACAGGUGGAUGACGUAUAUGCCCAGCGGCAAGAGCGCCAACUGGGUGAAUGGAAACCACGACCAGAGCAGGAUGGCCACCCGUCAGGGGGUAGACAGGGUGGACGCCAUGAACAUGCUGGCGCUAAUAUUGCCAGGAAUUGCGAUCACGUAUCAGGGCGAGGAGCUCGGCAUGACGGAUGGCUACGUGAGUUGGGCGGACACCAGAGAUCCGCAAGCCUGCGACACGGACCCCGCGCGGUACGCAAUCACCUCGCGCGACCCGGAACGAACCCCGUACCAAUGGGACGCUACCCGCCACGGCGGCUUCUCCACCGCCGCCCGCACGUGGCUGCCGGUAGCCGACAACUACCGCACCGUCAAUCUCGCCGCGCAGCUGAACGGCACCACCCACUACACGUUUUAUAAAGAUUUGGCGGCCAUCAGAAAGAAACCUGCAGCACGUUAUGGAGACUUAGAAACUAGAGCUUUAUCGGAAUCAAUUUUAGUUGUCACUAGGCUUCUACCAGGCUCCCCGGGAAUAGUUGGUAUCAUAAACCUUUCUCAAGAAGAUGAAAUUGUAAACUUGUCAUCUCUGCGACUGCUGCCUGAGAAGAUGGUAGUUGUUGCUUCCGGUGUGGACUGUCAGUUAAACAAGGGAGUACCACUAUCGAAAGCUUACCUACCAAUUUCAGGUCAUUGUGCUGUAGUUUUUGAAACCAUGGAGAAUUGUUGU